AAAUCAUUGCUUUGUGGUAGUUUCGUAGUUUUUUUUGUAAAACAAUUACUUGACCUAUUAAAUUAUAAAUUUAUUUAUAACCUUUAUUGUUCUUACUUUUUGCGUAUUACACGAAUCGUAAAUUCCUCAAGAUAAAGGGAUAUGACACACUUCUUUAAUCCACCUUAUCACAUACUUAUGUCUUCUUAAUGCAGUUGCGAAAGGAGUUAAAGAUUGUUCUUCAGAACUUUAACCUUUUGUAUUUUUUGGCCCAAGAUAACUUAGUAAGAGUACUAAUACCUAUGAAAAGUUUUAAUAUAAGUAUUACAACUAAACGUUUGGCUUUCAGACGGUCAUGAUUUUAUUUUUGAUAUGUAAAGUAAAAAAAAAUCUUAGACGAAGUCUAAUCUAGAAUUGCUGAAGGGGUUUUUAUGAUAAGCCCUAAAUUAAAUUUCUUAUCAAUCGUUCUACUGGCGCUAGUACAAUUGGUACCAUGAUUUGAUUUAAAAAGGCUCCGAUAGAGACUUUUUAUAAGUAGUUUGAAAAAGCCUGCCGAUCAGAAAUGUCGAAACAUAGCGCACUUUUGUACAUUGCAGUUGUGCUCCUAGGAUUCUGCGAUUUCCUUGGGGAAGUCCAAGCCCAACCCAGUCCCGAAGGACGAGUUGUGGGUGGCACGGCGGCGGCGGUGAAUAGUGCUCCCUUCAUAGUGUCCAUCCAGUACAAGAAUACCCACUACUGCGCGGCCAGCAUCCUGAAUGCUCACUGGCUGGUAACUGCCGCUCACUGCCUCUCCAAUCAUGCCCAGGUCCUGGGCAGCACCUUGGUGGCUGGCAGCAUCGAGGUGGCGGGCACUGCAAGCACCACCCAAAGGCGUCCUAUCUCAUACUAUGUGAUUAAUGACUUGUAUACUGGUGGAGCCGUGCCCUAUGACAUCGGAUUGAUCUACACACCCACCGCGUUCGUUUGGUCAGCUGCAGUGGCCCCAGUGAAGCUUCCAUCUGCCGGCCAAGUGCCAACCGGAUCUGCCAAUCUCUAUGGUUGGGGCAGCACCAGCAAAAGCCAGACUCCGUCUUUUCCCAAGACGCUUCAGGUAGCCAAGAAUAUACCCAUCAUUAAAACGGAUGCCUGUGCCGCAGCUUUGGGCGACAAGGGCAGGGAUGUGCAUUCUACCAACUUGUGCACUGGUCCUCUUAGCGGAGGGAUCAGCAUUUGUUCCGCCGACUCAGGCGGUUCACUCGUGCAAAAUAACGUCCUUAUCGGAAUAGUGUCCUGGGGAAAAAUACCAUGUGGCUCGGUCAACUCGCCAUCUGUCUAUGUUCAAGUUUCUUCAUUUAUUUCUUGGAUAUCCAAAAACCAAGUGAUUCGAUAAAUUCUAAAUAGUCCAUGAUAACAGAUCAAAUAAAUAAACAAAAUGGAACAUUAAGUGGAAA